UAAUAGUCAAUCAUUGAUUUUGAAUACAGUCACAUCAAAAAUAAAUAUAGAGAAACAUAAUUUUUAAUCGAGAAUGUAUUCAUCCAAAUUUAUUGUAAGCAUUCUUAUUUUGGCCCAAUUCAGCCUUAAUACCAUUUCUGGCCAAUGGAACAAUGAAAACACCGACAAUCGAAUAGACGGUACGGCCUACGAUAAUAAUGAUGUCGAUAAGGGAACGGAUGCGUCUUUGGAGAAACUGCUAUCCUUGAACUACAGGACAUUAGAUCGAAGGCAAGGCAAGCAAAAUGCCACAGAGGAUGAUGAGUUUGAGUUUCUCAUCGCUGGUGGCUAUAGGCCAAAAACUAAUCUUCUGGUUCAAUUCAUGGUAUCCUUGCGCACUGAAAAGCAGUUUGGAUAUUUUGGAGACAAUCAUUAUUGCGCUGGUUCAAUUAUCUCCAAAAAGGUAAUACUAACAGCGGCGCAUUGUCUUAUUAUGGGGGAAAAAAUAAUGGAACCCAAUGAAAUUACAGUUGUGGCAGGAAUUCAACGUCGUCUUCUAAAAACUGCACAUACUCAGAUAUUGGCUGUGGAAAAGGUUAUAGUGCAUUCAAAAUUCAGUUUGAAAAAUAAAUUACCAGAAAAUGAUAUUGGUAUUUUGAAGCUAAAGGAUGAAAUAACAAUUAACGAGGGAUUUGUAAACAUUAUACCAAUGGCAGAUUCUGAACCAAUAAUUGGAACAAAAUGUACUGCACUUGGGUGGGGUAAAAUUACACAGUAUGGCCCUCCGCCCGAUGAAGUUCUUAGUGCCGAUUUGAUCAUUACCGAAGUUGAGGAAGAUAAGUCUGCUUGCUCGUCGGGUCUUGUAUGCGCCUGGCAUGAAAAUGAUUUAGAGAUUAGUGGCUGUGAAGGCGAUUCUGGAGGUCCGUUGUUCUGUAAUAAUAAACUUGUAGGCGUCCUCUCAGCUGGAGUGUCCUGCGGUCAAACCAGAACGCCUAUAUUUUUCUCUGAUGUGUAUUAUUAUCGCAAAUGGAUUGAGAAUGCGGCGGUUUCUAUACGCCGAUCCAGUUCGAUGGUAACCAUCGAUAAGCUAAUGCUGUUGCUUUUAGCAAUUAUUAAGCUGGCAAUAACACUUUAAAAACGAUGGCUAUGCCAUCAAAUGCUAUCAGUGUGAGUCCGUGUCCAAUCCAAAGUGCGGUGCUAAAUUCGA